AUGUCUAUGACAUCAGUCAAAGUCGCUUUAAGAAUCCGUCCACUUAGUAAAAAAGAAAUUGCUCAAAGUUGUUCCGAAGUAAUAACGACAAUACCGGACACCACUCAGGUGGUAAUGGGACAAGACCGACCUUUCACAUAUGAUUACGUAUUUCCAUCUGACUCUUCGCAAGAAGAAGUAUUUGAUGAAUGCGCAAAACCGCUUUUACAAAAAUUGAUUGAAGGAUAUAAUGUUACUAUCCUAGCGUAUGGACAAACAGGUAGUGGUAAAACCCAUUCUAUGGGUACAAAUUUAGAAGACACCGUAUCUCCAGAACAUAAAGGAAUGGUACCACGUACGAUCGAGACUUUAUUUCAAGAACUCGCGUCACGUAGAGAAAAAAAUCCUCAAUGCGAAUUUGAAGUACUUGUAUCUUUCCUUGAACUUUAUAAUGAAGACUUAAAUGAUUUAUUAAAUCCAUUAAAUCGGGAGUCCGGCAAAAAAGGGAAAAGUGAAUUAAUGAUUCGAGAAGAUGCAAACGGACAAAUUUACUGGGCUGGUGUUAAAGAAGUUUCCGUGAAUUCUCCUGAAGAACUCUUAGCACAACUCUCUAAAGGUUCAACAUGCAGAACAGUAGCUUCAACCGAAAUGAAUUCGGUUUCCUCACGUUCUCACGCAAUUUUUUCAGUUAUUUUACGUCAAACAAGAGUUGAAUCCCUUGAAGAUUCAGAACCACAAUCUUCACACGCCUUACAACCUUCACAACCCGCCGCCGAGUCCUCAAAGAAAAAGAAACCAAAAGGUUUAACUGCAAAAAUCACUUCAAAGUUCCACUUUGUUGAUUUGGCAGGUUCUGAAAGGCUCAAACGUACCAACGCAGUGGGUGAUCGCGCAAAAGAAGGGAUAGCAAUCAAUGGGGGUUUGUUAGCCCUCGGAAAUGUUAUUAGCGCACUUGGCGAUGAAUCUCGAAAGGUCACACAUAUACCAUAUAGAGAUUCUAAAUUAACAAGAUUAUUACAAGAUUCAUUAGGUGGUAAUAGUCAAACCCUUAUGCUCGCAUGUGUUUCACCAGCUGAUUCUAACUUCAUGGAAACGCUAAACACAUUAAAAUAUGCCAAUCGAGCACGAAACAUUAAAAAUAAAGUUAGUGUUAAUGAAAGUUUUUCGGGUAAUGCGGCUGAGAUAAAUCAACUUCGAGGACUUGUUAGUAAAUUAAAAGGCGAGAUACAACAAUUACGCGAUGGUGGUGCGGAUGGUGAAACUGCUCAAAAAUAUGAAGAAGAAAUUAUACAACUCAAAAAUGAAUUAGGAAUAUCAAAACAGAAAAUAAAACAAAUAGAAAAUGACCUCAUAGCGGUAAACACAGAAAAACAGACAUUACUUUUACACGUAGCAUAUCAUGAUCAAGAUCUCACCGAUGAGCAACGUAAAAACAAAAUCGAAACAUCCGACAUCAUACGAACAUAUGAACAACAAAUAUUUGAUUAUAAGAAUCAAGUUGCAGAGCUUCAAGCAGCAGCAGCUGUUCCUCCUCGUAAAUCGUCACUCGCUGGAUCAACUCCCGGAAAAGAGAGAGGACACAUAAAAUUCAUCGAUGACCAUCAUGAUAACUCAUCCGAAGAUGAAGCCGCUGCAGAGAGUGAAGAAGAAAACAAAGAGAACAUAAAGAUGAAGAGACGUCUAAAAAGAUAUCAUCGAAAUUCUGGUUCCGAAGAAUCAUCUAGUAAUGGUAAUUCCGCGGACUUAACACAUGAUUUCGUACUUAAAAAUAUUGAAUCCGCCAAAAGCUUAUUGGACUAUUAUAAUAAACGUAAGGAUCAUGAUAAUAAUGAUGAGGUCGGUGAAAACGGUAAACAACACACAGAUGGAGAAAGCAGUGAUAAAUCUUCAAAACAGUAUCGAAAAUUACGACGACGUAGCAGUGCCAACAGCUCUUUAGAUAAAGCCCAAGAGCAUAUGAAAGAAGUUUUGAAGAACGGUGAUUCAAUGCAUGAUGAUCCUCUCCUAAGCCAAAUUAUUAAAACUCCUUCAUCUACGAAAAGUGAAAGCUACAUUGAUCAAAUGUGGGCAAAUAAUAAGAAUGAAAAACGACGAUCUAGUAGUGUUUCAUUUAGUGAAAUUCAACAAUUCGAAGUUCCUCAAUGGGAAGAAUCAAAUCCUACACAAUCAUCCAACCGACGUGGCUCAAAUUCAAGUCGAUCUGUCAGUUUUUCUGAUCCCCCAAUAUCACCUAAUUCCACAAAGUCUUCACAAAAUAGUACUGGUAUGUCUUCUCAACAAAACGCAGUUGCACUUACCCGAAUGUUACAUCAAAUACAAUCUGAUAUUGCUGUUAAAGAACAACUCGUUAAUCAAUUGGAACAUGCAGAACAAGAAUUCACUUAUAUGCGUUCUGAAUACGAACAAAGAUUGAGAGACAUGCAAGAAAACCUAAUUGGCUUACAACGUGAAAGAGAUACAGCUGUUAAACGUGCAACAAAUAACGGAGUUGGUAUUAGUAAACGCGAUAGUCAAUCAUUACUUCUUGAAAUGAAAGUUCGUUAUGAACAUAAAAUGAAACAAUUAAUACAAGAGAUUGGUACAUACCGUCGUAAAUACAAUGAAGCCACUCAAGCUUGUGCCAAUAUGAAAAAUCAAAAUGAAGCUAUGAUAAAGAGUCUUAAAGCUCAAAUAGAACAACUUAAAGCAGAAAAAGUUCGAAUACUUGAAAAAACUAAAGAAGCAGCUAAGGGAGUACGAGAAAUGUUACAAUCAAAUCGACAAGAAGUUCAAGAAUUACGAAGAAGAGAAAAAUCAAUGCAAGAAUCAAAUAAAAAAUUGCAGAGGACUAACGAUAUGCAACGAAUAAUGCUCGAUAAACGAGCACAAGAGAUUGUUGAAGCCUCCGGAAAAUUCAAAUCAGUAUUAAAUCUACUUAAGAAAACUUCACCACCUAAAGUUAUAACUAAAGUUUUUCGAAACAAGAAAAAUAAGAUUAUCCCCGAAAAUGAACCCAAUCGAAGUAAUUCCGAUGAUUAUAGUAAUAUCCAUGAUGAAAUCUUUGGUAGCGGAAUUGAGAAGAAAAAAUUAAUUAAUGAAGCCAUCAAUAAAUAUAUUAUAAGUGUUCAACAAUAUAAGUUGUUGGACGAACUAGUCAUACAACGUAAUAGUCUUUUGAAAGAAAGGGAGGAAAAUAUUAAAUAUCGUGAAAAAGUUCGUAUUGAUGAACCUAUUCUUUUUGCCGCCGAAGUAAGAGGCAUUGAUGAAAAAUUAAGAUCAAUCGAUCUCACGAUACAUGAUCUUAACCACCAAAUUUCAACAAUCAGAACUGAAAUGGCCAAUAAUAUAAUUGAUACCACAACACCUAAUGAAGUUAAUGAAGAAGAUAAAAAUAAGGCAGGACAACAAAGGAAACGUUCUAACCCUGAUGCCACUUACAAUACUGUAGUAACCAUACUACGAAAUUUGGAUGGGAUAGAAAGUCAAACCCUUGUCGAAUCCUUCUUUGAAGACAUUUGUUCACUUCGAUUAAAUGAAAUACAAACCAAAGAAUCACUUUCUUAUCACAAGGAAAUGAUUGGAAAAUUAUUACAAGAUUGCUUUGAAAUGAGAAAGCAUACAUCUGAUAUUAAGAAUAAGUAUGAGAAAAAAUUACGAAGAAUAGAAUCAAAGAUGAAUGAUUCUUCUAGAUCAACAACACCUGAUUCAUUAGAAAUUCCAUCUAUUAAUGAUCUCAAUUUAUACCAUGAGACCGCUUUUUCUCGUUAUACUGGUAGUCAAUCUUCAUCAAGAACGGGUUCUAAACGAAAUUCAAUUGUUGACUUGUCAUCAUUAAAUAAUUACAAUAUCAAAGACUUCUCUUCAGUAGAGAAUUCACAACCAAAUAAUGUAGUAGUCGGUCGUUCACUCUCCUCAAGACCAUCAUUGCCUAUAGAAUGGGUAAAUUCUCCACUAAGUGAGAAUGAUGAAACUAUAGUUGCUGAUAACGUUGAGGUAAAUCGAUCUAUUUCUCCUUUACCGGAGGAAUCUCCAAUAAAUAACAAUACAUUACAACAUGAAGAAAAUCAUGAAGAAAAUCAUGAGGACAAACAUGAAGAAAAACUUGGACCUAAAACCUCAAAGGCCACAACUUUUGAAACCAUUGAUAGUCCACGUACUCCACGCACUCCAGCAGUUGAGCGUUUAUCACGCAAUAAUUCAAUUAGUAAUGUAUCCCCACGUCCUACACAUAGUCGAGACAAUAGUUCAAGUAUGGGAUUCUAUGGGAAUGGACGCGAUAGUGGAUAUUUUAGUAGCUAUGACAAACGAAGAUCUCAAACCAGUAUGGGAGCUAGGGAUGAAGAUCAUCAACCACACGUUAGAUCAUACAGCCCAGCAGCUACUGGCAGCGUUUUCGAUAGAUUGGCCAAAGGCCAUACUCACUCAAGUACUGCCAAGAGUAUUCCUAGCUCACGAUCUUCUACUCCAGUAUCUCCAACUCUCUUAAGUAGAUCCCCUUCCCCAACUUCUCCAAUCGAGACCAGUAUAUUUGAUAGGUUAUCCAAGAGCCACACAAAAGCAAGUGCUGCCAAAAGAAGUUAA